CAAAGAGCCCAGGAUGGCUCAACUGGCACCAAAGGCUGAACAUGAGCUUCCCCAAGCAGUUCAAGAGCAGCUUGUCAUGGGAUUCUUCUCUCUCAUCCCCACAGGCCUCCCACCCAGAGUAGAAUGGCUGCAGAAAAUCACUCUAAGGUGACAGAAUUCAUUCUAGGGGGAUUAACAAACCGGCCAGACCUCCAGCUCCCUCUCUUCCUCCUCUUCCUCGGGAUCUACUCUGUCACCAUGGUGGGGAACCUGGGCAUGAUCACCCUGAUCUGUCUGAACUCUCAGCUUCACACCCCCAUGUACUACUUCCUCAGACAUUUGUCAUUUGUGGAUCUCUGCUACUCCUCUGUCAUUACCCCUAAAAUGCUGGUGAACUUUGUGUCAGAGAAUAACAUCAUCUCCUAUGCAGGGUGCAUGUCACAGCUCUACUCCUUCCUUGUUUUUGUCAUUGCUGAAUGUUACAUGCUGACGGUGAUGGCCUACGACCGCUAUGUCGCCAUCUGCCGCCCUUUGCUUUACAACAUCAUCAUGUCUCAUCCAGUCUGCUCCCUGCUGGUGGCCAUGGUCUACGCCAUGGGACUCAUUGGCUCCACAGUAGAGACUGGCCUCAUGUUAAAACUGCCCUUCUGUGAUCACCACAUCAGUCAUUAUUUCUGUGACAUCCUCCCUCUUAUGAAGCUCUCCUGCUCUAGCACCUAUGAGGUUGAGAUGACAGUCUUCCUUUUGGCUGGAUUCAACAUCAUAGUCACCAGCUUAACAGUCCUUGUUUCCUACACCUUCAUCCUCUCCAGCAUCCUCCAUAUCAGCACCACAGAGGGCAGGUCCAAAGCCUUCAGCACCUGCAGCUCCCACCUUGCAGCUGUGGGGAUGUUCUAUGGCUCAACUGCAUUCAUGUACUUAAAACCCUCCACAGCCAGUUCCCUGGCCCAGGAGAACGUGGCCUCUGUGUUCUACACCACAGUAAUCCCCAUGCUGAACCCCCUGGUCUACAGCCUGAGGAACAAGGAGGUAAAGGCUGCCAUGCAGAAAACACUGAAGAGAAAACUGUUUUGAUGCAAAUGUUAUUGAUCUUUUUAAACUUAAAAGCAAAUAGUUAUAAAUAUCAGAGGGAUGUCCUCUGAAUGCUGGCCCAACUGU